AUGCCGCGCAUCAAGCCCGCCUGCGUCCGACGCGUCUCCAUCGGUGAUAGCUCCGGGUCCUGUUCAGAGGAAGAUAUUAACCAUGAAACCAGAGAACGGCCCGAGACACACAUGUGUCCCCGUUGCCAAGAACAAUUUGAACAUCUUCAUGACUUCAUUUACCAUAAGAGACUGUGUGAUGAAAAGGCAAUGCAAAUGGGUGAGGAAAGGAUGCACUCCGAUCCCGAGGAUAUGGUAGUAUCCGGGGAUGAGGAAAUGGACGGGCCAAAUAAGCGAUUAGAACAAGUAAGGAGGCAUCGACAAGAUGCUGAAAAUAAUAAUAGCCUCGAUGAUGGUGAGGCAGAAGUACCUGAAGCCGAUGUGCCCCCAGUGGGUCUUCCAUUUCCUGUGGCAGGUCAUGUGACUCUUGAAGCUCUACAAAACACCAAAGUCGCUGUAGCACAAUUCGCUGCCACUGCAAUGGCUAAUAAUGCCAACAAUGAAGCCGCAUUACAUGAACUAGCAGUUUUACAAAGUACUUUAUUUACUCUACAACAUCAGCAAGUGUUUCAACUGCAAUUAAUACGCCAAUUACAAAAUCAGUUAUCAUUAACAAGACGGAAAGAGGACCAGCACCCAAGUCCGCCACCAAGUGAACCAGAGCAAAAUGCGCCUACGACGCCAGUUCGAUCGCCGUCACCACCUCGUCCGCCACGGGAGCCUUCUCCUGCUGACUCCGCUCCUCCAACUAGCCAAAGCUUGCCAUCAACCCAUACACAUCUUACACCUAAAACUGAGCCUAUUUCUAUUCCAAAGCUUCCAACUUCAUCGCCACCUAUGAUGACCCACCCGCCAUAUAGCUCUAUAUCUUCCUCAUUAGCAUCUUCAAUCAUUACGAAUAAUGACCCUCCACCAUCCCUUAAUGAACCAAAUACAUUAGAAAUGCUUCAAAAACGGGCUCAAGAAGUACUGGACAACGCGUCACAAGGUCUUCUUGCAAAUAACCUUGCCGAUGAACUAGCCUUCCGGAAGUCUGGAAAAAUGUCACCAUAUGAUGGAAAAAGCGGUGGACGCAAUGAACCUUUCUUUAAGCAUCGAUGCAGAUACUGUGGAAAAGUUUUUGGAAGUGAUUCAGCGCUUCAAAUUCAUAUUCGUUCUCAUACAGGUGAACGGCCUUUCAAAUGUAACGUUUGUGGAUCCCGAUUUACAACGAAAGGAAAUCUCAAAGUCCACUUCCAAAGACAUACUGCAAAGUUUCCUCAUGUAAAAAUGAACCCAAAUCCUGUACCAGAACAUUUGGACAAGUAUCACCCACCAUUAUUAGCACAACUUUCACCAGGGCCAAUUCCUGGAAUGCCACCCCACCCACUUCAGUUCCCUCCGGGUGCGCCAGCGCCUUUUCCACCAAGCUUGCCACUAUACAGGCCGCCACAUCAUGAUUUAUUGCCACCCCGCCCACUAAGCGAUAAACCACUUCCACACCACCCGCUUUUUGGCAUGCGAGAAGAACAAGAUGUACCAGCUGAUCUCAGUAAACCCUCCGUACCAAGCCCUACUCGACCAGCAUCUGACAUGUUUAAAUCUGAACCGCAAGAUGAAGAAAGUCAACGUGACUCUAGUUUUGAAGAGACUGAUCAUAUAUCGCCAAAACGAGAGCCUGAAGAAAAUGACGCAGAGCAAAAUGCAGAACAAGACAGAUAUCCAUCAACAUCACCAUAUGAUGACUGCAGCAUGGACUCGAAAUACAGCAAUGAAGAUCAAAUCGGCAGAGAAAGUCCACACGUGAAGCCCGAUCCAGAUCAACCGGAAAAUUUAUCAAGUAAGAAUUCAUCGAUAUCUGGACCAAUUUCAAUAGCAACGGGACUUCGUACUUUUCCUUCAUAUCCGUUAUUUCCUCAUUCCCCGCCAAGUAGUGUUUCUUCCGGAUGCCUUACACCUUUCCAAAGUAAUCCUAAUAGUACAAUAGACUCUGAUAUAACUCGCGACCCAUUAUUUUAUAAUUCACUUUUACCACGCCCAGGAAGUAAUGAUAAUUCCUGGGAAAGUCUCAUUGAAAUUACAAAAACUUCAGAAACUUCAAAAUUACAACAAUUAGUCGACAAUAUAGAUAAUAAAGUAACAGAUCCAAACGAGUGCAUCGUAUGCCAUCGUGUCUUAUCAUGUAAAAGUGCUUUGCUAAUGCACUACCGUACCCAUACUGGCGAACGACCUUUUCGAUGUAAAUUAUGUGGUCGUGCCUUUACGACCAAAGGCAAUCUUAAAACACAUAUGGGCGUCCAUCGUAUUAAACCGCCCUCACAAUUGUUACAUCAAUGUCCUGUAUGCCAUAAAAAAUUUGCAGAUCCUACUAUGCUACAUCAACAUAUUCGCCUCCAUACAGGCGAAAGAUGUAACAACCCUUUUGAACAAAUCCAAGAUAGUGAAAUGAGCAACUUUCAGCUCAAUAGUGGGUCAGAAAUGUCCGACUUUAAUCCGUACCACUCCAUUCCACCUUCAAUAUUUCCAACCCCUUCCACUCCCGGCGACCGAAGGGCGGACUCCCGCGAGACCGACGAUGAGAGCGGCCGGGACGAGAGCGAGCCCGCUUCACGGGAGUUCGACGACGACCCAGAUAUAAAAGAUCGUCGAACUUCGCCGCUCUCCGUCUGCGCCUCGGCGUCCGAAUGCGAAGUAAAAACCAUCACCACAACGGCUUCCCUCCCAUCGGCGACAGGUUCGGAGAGCGGGCGCAGCGCGCGGGCCUCGCCGCCGUCGCCGUCGCCGUCGGUGCUGUCCACGCCGCCGCGGCUGCCACAACACUCGCCGCUGCCUUCGCCGCCCACGCCCCUGGCCGCGCUCGGUGCUCUCGGUGGAUCACCCUUCAGCCCGCUCGGACUCGCUUUCCCUCCCGCAGUGCGCGGCAACACAACGUGUACCAUCUGCUACAAGACGUUCGCCUGCAACUCUGCUUUGGAAAUUCAUUACCGCAGUCACACCAAGGAACGCCCUUUCAAGUGCACCGUCUGUGAUAGAGGCUUCUCUACGAAGAGCAGUGGCGGCGGUUGCCGGUGCGGUAGGCGCGCGCGCGCACCCCGCCCGCCGCACGCCACUGCUUUGGAUCUCUGGAACGCCUUCGUCUACCCGGGUAACAUGAAGCAACAUAUGCUAACGCAUAAGAUUCGCGACAUGCCCCCUGGCUUCGACAAGGGGUCAAGUGGGCCAACUGGACCUCCGAGUGAGGAAGGUCGUGAGCCGAGCCCGGACAGACGUUCUUCACCUGACAAAAUUGACUUAAAAAGAUCUCCACCAGUACUGCCACCAAACCCCAUGUCACACCCUCCACCGAUAGAUAUGCCGCCUCUACCGAAAAGGCCUACCGUCCCCGCUGCCCCAAGCCAUCCCCAGCCCCCAGCGCAGUCGUCGAAGCACCUCUGUGGCGUGUGCCGCAAAAACUUCUCGUCGUCAUCAGCGCUACAAAUUCAUAUGCGCACACAUACUGGCGACAAACCCUUCCGGUGCGCAGUCUGUCAAAAGGCGUUUACCACCAAAGGAAACCUUAAGGUCCAUAUGGGCACACACAUGUGGAGUGGAGGUGCCUCGCGACGCGGACGACGCAUGUCGCUAGAGUUACCGCCGCGACCUCUACACGAGCCCCACGACUUACUGCGCCGCCCAGACUUGUUCUAUCCCUACUUACCCGCACCUUUCCUCAACGGCAUGCAACAAAAGCUGAACGAGAUAUCAGUGAUACAGCAAAACGCCGGGCAGAACGGAGUGGCUGGUAAAUUCCCUGGUCUACUGGGCUUCGGGCCAUUCGGAGCUGGUAGACCAGGAGCGGCGUCUCCAUUGGAAAGGCCGCCGUCGUUAGAGGGUGGAGACGAAAGGCAAGCUGCGAUGCGAGAACUGGCAGAAAGGGGUCGAGAGUUGGCCGAACGAAGUCGACAGAUGCGCGAAGAGAGUGAAAGAGAGCACUAUAGAGUUAGUGGACACCCUGGGCAUGCACCAAACGCAGCACAAUCUUCGCCGCCUGCGCAGCUUCCCCACCCGCACCCGCUCGCCUCGUUACCACCCCCCGCGCGCACCGAAGGCCUUACAGUC